AUGACAGAAAAGGUGGGUUGGAAUAACUCGACGCAUAUGGGUGACUUGGAGCCCUAUGGCUAUCUCCACUGCCGGAACCUCGCCGUUGCGGAUCGUUAUGCUAUCGCACCACCAAAGCCUUCCAACGUCAAACAUGUUCCCGAUUCGCUGUGUGUAUAUUACGAUCUUGUUGUCGACGACCAUUUGGCAGAUACAUGCACAAGCUAUGAUGCAUUCUACAAUGUAAUCACGUCAACGCCUACACGUCAACCACAAACAACACGACGCCAAUCCACCUAUUCACCUCUACCGGUAGAACAGCAACGACGAUUCAUAAAGAACGAUGAACGUCGAGGCAACCUGAUUUCCGAGUUUGUAUUGACCGAAGAUAAUUAUGUGGCUAGCCUUCGAUCAUUUGUGUCGUCGAUCGUUCAACCGAUCCGCUCCCGAGCUCGUGAUAAGCAACGAUGUAUUCUUGGGCCUUAUGAAUGUAGCAAAAUCUUCAUGAAUGUGGAGCAGCUCUUGCAAGCCAACGAAGCAUUCAGGCUUGAUUUGGCUCGAUAUCAAUCCUCAGCCAUCUCCAUGAACUUUGGUGACAUGUGUCUUAUGCACAUGCGGCGAUUUGCUACGUGUUAUCGCAAAUUUCUCUUGGGUGUUGAAAACGCACAAUCAUUCAAUAUAAAGGAGCAAAAACACAAUGCAACGUAUGAAGCUUAUCUAAACAAGCUAAAGGUCAAUAAGGGGAAUCAAACCGUGUACGACUACUUGGCACUACCAGGGCAACGGGUCGGUCGCUACACCAUGUUUUUUAAAGAGCUGAUCAAGCAUACCACUGAUGAUCAUUCCGAUCUACCAGGAUUGACCGAGGCAUUGAAAGCUGCAGAGGAAAUUGCCAACAUGAGCGAGGAUUAUCAUACAAAGCUCAUCAAAAUAUUUCACAACAUGCUCCAAUCCAUUCAAAAUUGCCCGGCCUCGUUAAUAAGCCAACAACGUAGCUUGAUAUGUCAUCUUGAUGCUGUAGAGCACGAUUUGAAUACUGGAAAACCAGCACAUCCGGUAACAUUGUUUCUUUUCACUGACAAGUUGAUGGUUGCACGAAGACCAUCCUAUGCAGUUGAUGGAUUGGAAUCAUGCGGCCUGGAUCAUGAGCGUGAUAAAUCUGGUAUGCUAUCGUUGCUAGCACGAAAAGCUGAUCUCACCAAGCGAUACGAUCGAAAACUCAAAUUUCGAGGAUGGAUGGGUUUAAGCGACAUCGAAGUCCAUGAUGGUGUUGCAGGUGUGCCUGGAUCAUUCACGCUUGUGGCAGCAACAAGUGAAGCUGUUACCCCAACGGAUGUCGACCCUCAAACACGAGAUGCACUUGAAGGCUACUUUUUGGAAGAUUCACCUCGACUCUUUAGUAUUUCAUGCACAUCACCCGAUGGUAGUACAAAAACGAUCCACUCGUUGAUGCAGGAACGGCAAAAUUUUGUGGAACAAUUUGGGAGGCAGAAAUUGAGCCUCCAUCGUAUGGAUGAUGUCUUGCUUGAUUGGACAUGUUGCUUAUGGAAUGACCGUUACUUUUUUGCCAACAUUUAUCGCCUAUCAGCGUAUCACCAAGUACAAGCAAAGAAUGAAGUGGCUCUUGUUUACAUCAAAGAUCCCAAUUCGCCCAAGCUAAAAUCAGCAUUGAGCAACAGCUUCAUGAUACCCCAUAUGCUUGGGUUGGUGAAACCGGUCAAUACUGGAGGAAAGCACAUUAUCACGAUGCGCAGCAAGCUGGCACUUGGAUGUACAUCCGAUAGCCAUGUUACCUCCGACCUCGAGCUGUCGACAGGAAACGAGAGCGAGAUCCAUCAUUUUAGGGAUCGAUUGCUUGGCAAUCUUUAUGCAUGCGACAAAGAUUUACGUGAGGUGGGAAGAAUGGCUACAUCACUUUCAACUUAUGGACGUCGUCGUCGACUACGCUAUGCCAACCAAAUCAAACCUAUAUCAUCCACUUUUCGAAAGGAGCUCAAUCGCCGUCGCAGCAUGAACACCUUCAAGCUAUUUUCUGGUUUGGGAUCGCCACCUGCAUUACCAUCAUCCAACAAUGCUACAGCUAUUGCUGCAUCAUCAUCAUCUGCCGCCCGACGAAAGAGCGUGAAUAGUGAUGAAUUUUCCAAGACAACAGGUUUUAUGGAAUCACGUAUUUCACGUGCCUAUUCUUCUGCAAGCUCCAACAGCAAUGAUUCGGAGCAAGAAACAGCCGUUGACAUCUCCAUUAUGCAUCAAGGCAACAAGCGCAAUUCGAUGAACGUUCGAAGAAAAUCAUUGACCGAGUCGAUUGCAUCCAUGUAUCGACCUAGUGUACAUCCAUCACAGACCGUGUCAUAUGAGCUUAUGCCUGGCAACCGAUCAUCAUCCAAUGCAAGGUCCAAUAGUGAGCAUGAUCUUUCAAAUGAAAGUGCCAAAAAGAUACCUCAUCACGUGCAACGCCAAAGACGUGACAUGCCACCAGAAUACCCUCCAAAGUAUCCGGAUAGUAACAUCUCACAACCCACCAUGAGCACACGUUCCAGUUGCAACAGUCCUACCAAUUUUCCCGGAUGUCGCAAGAGUUGGGGUGGCUCAUCGACAACACAAGAUCCAUUUUCUAGUCGUAGCACGCUAUCCACGCCUAUGGAUAGCACCCAUGAUUUAGCACCGCCACUCAUAGGUCGCAUUAAUAGCAGCAAUAGCAGUGGCACCUAUACACCUUUCUCGCAUGAUCUACUCGGCACAGAGCAUAUCCAAGUGGAUGAAAAGGUCACUGAACUCUUGGCGCAAAUCAAGAGCCAUUCACCUCUUUCAUCAUCAAGCAGUGAGAGCUGCCAAACACCACCACCCGCUGUACAACCCAAUCCUGUUCAAGAUGGCAUUGACAAGCUUGUGCUGGAGAUGGAUAUCAUGAAGAGUGAAUUCAAUCGUAAAUACAGCAAUAUCAUUCAUGACUAUGAGGAAAUGGGAUCGGUUGUUCGGCAAUUGACAAGGGAGCUACGAAAGAGAGACGAAGAGCUUGCCGCACUACGUAUACGAUAUCGGGAUUGUAUAGCAGAAAAUGACCUGCUGUAUGAGGCUUUCAACCACGAAUUGGAUCAGAUGUUUGAUACGCUUGGUUACCAACGACAUCAGCGGCAACGUCAACGGAUGAUCGAUGAUGAUGAUGAUGACGGUGGUGGUGGUGGUGAGGAUGAGGAUGAUUAUGAUGAUGAUACGAGCAUCGAGUCUCAACGACAACGUAUACACCAUCAUCGACGACCAAGUCAUCCAAGCCCAGAAAUGCAAAUAAGGAGAAAACUGGAAGUGACAAUGAAAGAACGUAACCAAUGGCAUCAAACAGCAUGCAAAUUGGCUCGGGAGCUGCAAAAUUUGACACAAGGACUCGAAGUCGAUAUCCCCGUCAGACCAACAAAUUCGACAUCAUCCCCUUCACCCAAUGUUCGACGAUAA